AUGGCUGAUCGACCGGAUAUAUGGUCAGCCAUUCGCGACAAUGAGUACUACCACUCCGACGCAAGCGGCUUUUUCCUUGGACCUUCUAACAUCCCAGUAUCUGAAAGAGAUUUAUCAUUAUACCUUCCGUCAAAUCAUGACCAAGGUCGUCUUGAUAACGUGCUCAACGAAGGCGCAAUGGACGACGAAUCUUGCGCAACAUCCUCAGAUCUGGACUUCGCAACUCCAGACAGUGAUCAAUUCGAAGGAGAUGAUAAGGUUAAUAUCAAAAAACGAUUGAGCAGCCUUGUGCCUUAUGAUGACGGCUAUAUUGCCUUCGGCACAAUCAGGCUGUAUGACCGCGAAGACCCUAACGCCGAGGUGUCUUCUACACACAUUCGCGGUGUAGUUACAGAUGCGCCUUAUCCCAAUCUAUUAAUCAAAACUGGCAUCUCCAAGAAGUGGAUUCGUCUUGAUGGAUUGUCAGUGGGCACAAAGUUCGGCAUUACCACUCUGCGAGUGUAUAUACUGCCGGAGGACGUUGACCGCUCAACUCGUGGUAACCUGAAAGACUUUCGCAGAACAAUCAAGGAUCUACUGAAUUUCGUCGAUUGUUCAACAGAGGCAUGGAAUGGACAAGUUGACCCACGCGACCCAAUACAGGUCUAUCGAGAACCGGUAUGCGAGGCUGAAGAGUCUUUGUUCUACAUUUUCAACACCUUGUCCUCUCCUCAACCCGAUCUCGCUGCAUACAAGGGCAGCUCGCACGGCUUACAGGCAAUGACUGAUACGCUGAGGGACACCAUAACUGGUAUGAAGACGCAGCUAUACCCGUAUCAGAAGAGAUCCAUCGCAGCCAUGAUCAAGAAAGAAGCUGAUCCGGCUAAGAUACGUGAUGUCAGAAAAAGGAAGAUGGUGGACAUGUACUGCAAAAAGUUUUACCUUGACACGAACGAUGGCUCGCUUUAUCGACAGCAACCACUAUAUUAUGAGCCUAAAGGUGGUGUUUUGGCCGAGACUAUGGGCUACGGAAAGACCUUGAUCUGUCUCGCACUCGUGAUGGCGACUAGAGGACAUUAUCCUGACAUACCACAAUUCUGUACUGAACCGCUGAAAGACGAAGAACAACAAAAGACUCCUUCACUCCUCUCGAUGGCUGCACGACAAAUCAAGUAUCAAGGGCUUCCUUGGAAGAACGAAUUUUAUCAGCUGAGGAAGGCAGGCAAUCACUACGAUAGAAUCGUUCAAGAGUUGCAAAAGUAUGAGCGAGCCUACAACGAGCCAAGAGAGGGACUAACAAAUCCGACACGAAGAGGAAAGCCGGAACUUUCCAACAUUAUUCGACUUUGCUCUGGAACGCUAAUUGUAGUGCCGGACAACCUCAUCGUUCAAUGGAAACACGAGAUACAAAGACAUGUAGACGAAGAUGCGAUUGAUGUACUUGUGCUCGACACAUCUCAUGCCAAGGUUCCCCCUUACGACACUCUAUCGAAGUACGAUAUUGUACUAAUAUCGAAGUCAAGGUUCGAACAAGAAUAUCGGGAUGACGAUCUGCAUCAAGGAAAAAGCACUAGGUUUGCCGAGAAGUACAAAUCGCCACUAACUGAAGUACGCUGGCUACGUGUAAUUUGUGACGAAGGUCAUGGGUUCGCUGGUUCUGCAACCAAGACCAACGCCAUGGCAAUGCUCGACAAGAUGUCUAUCGAGCGACGAUGGGUCGUCAGUGGCACUCCUUCAAAUGGUCUGCAUGGUGUUGAGGUCAGUCUGGCCUCGGUCGAGUCCGGUGCUCUCGAAACUAGCCCUACAAGGCCCGAUUCAUGUGGCACAGCACUGGAACAACGCCGGACACCACGAACUCAGGAAUCAGAUGCCAAAGAUCUCGAACGACUGCGUCUGAUUGUAUGCAAUUUCCUGAAACUGCAGCCAUGGGCAAACAAGAAGGGCAACGAUCAAGCAGACUGGAAAGCUUAUUUGACACCACGAACAGAUCUCGACGGGAAGAAAUAUAGCAGACUAGCUCUUAGAGAGGUCAUGCAGACACUGAUUAUACGCCAUCGCAUAGAGGACGUUGAUCGUGAUCUAAGUCUACCGACACUACACAACAAGAUCACUUAUCUCGAACCAUCGUACUAUGACAAGCUUACCAUCAAUCUCUUCGUCAUGUUAUUAAUCUCAAACUAUGUUACGUCCGAGCGUGAGGACGAGGACUACAUGUUCCACCCUAAGAGUCGUGGAAAGCUCACUUCAUUGAUAAAUAACUUCGGUUACGGCACGUUCUACUGGUUAGGAAUUACUGCUCAAAACAUCAAGGACACACUAGAAAAUGGUGAAAAAUACCUGAACAAGAAUAUUGACAAGGUUACGGACGAAGAUGGUGCUCUGCUUACAGAAGCUAUCAUGAAUGGCCAGAAAGCUCUUAACGAUUCUGGCUGGCAGGCUUUCAGCGACCUGCAUGAGAUGGGCACAUACAUAAGCCAAUUUCCAAAGACAGCCCAAGCAGCGUGGGCGCUAGAUGGACAAGCAGGCGAGCCACUGCUUAUGGGUACAACACAAGCUCGAGAAGUUCAGAGACACGUGCAAGCUCGACUCGAAAAAGACCCUGCGAAUGCGUUAGGAAUGCUCCAGCGUCAUGGUAAGAAGACCCUGGACGCUGCUCGAAGUAAGGCCGAGAAGGAAUUGAAGCAGAUGCAGAAACAGAGAGCCAACACAGGCAAUAAUGAGGCUAGUGCUGUCGAUGCACCCUCGAAGCGAGCACCAACCACUUCGACUUCACCUGCGAAGACCACAACCACGACAAAUGGUGAAAACGACAUAGCAGACGGAAGCUUGAGCCCAACAGUCGUCGAGGCUCCCGUGCUCCCGGGUACGCAAGUGCUAGGCUUUGCGUCAGCGAAGCUCACGUACCUGUGCGAUAGAGUACUCUCCCAUCCGGACGAGAAGUCGAUCAUAUUCUACAAUCACAAUAACACAGCGUUCUUCAUUGCCGAAGCCUUAGAACUACUCCGAGUGCCAUUUCUCAUCUAUGCGAACACACUGGCUGUCUCAAAACGAGCGGAAUAUCUAGCAAAGUUCAAUGCCGACAACGAGACUAAGGUCCUGCUUAUGGACUUGAAGCAGGCAGCCCUGGGCCUUCACGUCGCAGCAGCAAGUCGAGUCUACAUUGUCUGUCCAAUUUGGGACCCCGCACUCGAGUCGCAAGCCAUCAAACGCGCGCACCGAAUCGGACAGACACGUGAAGUAUACAUCGAAACUCUUGUGCUCAAGGAUACUUUCGAGGAGGCGUUGGUCAAGAGACGGAAGGAGAAGGCUGAGCAAGGUCAGGGCGGCGUUAAUACUGAUAGCAGUCAGACCAGAGAUGACUUGCACCAGCAAACUGAAACACCUAGGAAAGCGAAAGGGGCAGCUAGUAAUCCCAUGCUCCAGGAUAGCGUCAUGGUCAAAGUCCUCAAAAACAUCAGAUUCCUCAAGAUUGGCGAGAACGAGGAUAGGAUCGCCAGACUGACAGCACCGGUAGCGCUCUUCCGUCCAAGUGGUUCAAAGAAACUGAUACAAGCCGGUACAGACCAAAGCUCAAUGGCUGGACAAGCUGUUGUUGCAUCCGCUGCGCGUGCCGAUCAACUAAACCAGCCGAGCUCUGCCUCUUCAUCUGACUUCUCACGUCCAUCAAUAUUUGGUACACGGAGUGGUCUCGGACUAUGGUCUACGAAUGCAAGAUCCGCUAAGAGAGCUUCACCGUCUGAUAUGGGCAGCCUCAUGCCAACGUCCAAGCGGGCCAAGAUUCGAUCAGUUUUUGAUGACCUGAAUAUAUGA